AUGUCGACAGUCGUGUCGGACUGUUUCACUAUUGGCAGCAUAGUUGCCACCAAAACUUGCUAUAAUGAGGAAAUAGAAGGAGAGGUUUUAGCUUUUGAUCCUCAAACGAAAAUGCUAAUUCUCAAAUGCCCGUCUUCUAGCGGCAAUCCAAAGCGUCACGAUGUUAACAUUGUUAACCUGUCGCUGGUCAGCGACGUGCAAAUAAAGAAAGAAGUGACCACGGUUCCUGAGCCUCCGCAGUCUUUGAAUCUACACAGACUGAACACUAGAGUUCGGAACUCCAUAGAAAAUAAGAGAAGAUUAGUAUCUGCGCUAUCUGCCUGUCUGGAUCCCGAGGGCCAAAGACUGUUCCUAGCUAUCGCAAGGGUCAUCGACGAUGUCUCAUGGGCCGGUCAGAAUAUCAGGGUCUAUAAUGAAGUCACCAUCACACCACCAUACAAGGUAGAGAAUGUCAUAGGCGAGCAGGACUCAAAACCAUACAAUUACAUACGGAAAUUCGUAGAAAGACAUUGGAAAGAUCACCGCGACCAUGCGGCCGCCUCACACUCCAAUCAGCAGUAA